AUGGCAGGGGCAGAGCAAUUCAAUGAAUUGCCAGAAGAUUGCAUUUCUACAAUACUUUCUCUAACUUCACCUAAGGAUACAAUUAGCUUCUCCCUCGUUUCUUCCUUUCUCCAAUCAGUUACAGCAUCUGAUUUUAUCUGGGAAACGUUCUUGCCUUCUGAUUAUAACCAAAUCAUUGACAAAUCUGUCACACCAUUGAAUUAUUCUUCUAAAAAAGAGCUUUUUGUUCGUCUCUGUAACUCAAGUCUCCUUGAUGGUGGUAACAAUAGCUUUGCAUUAGAGAAGUCAAGUGGGAAAACAUCGUAUAUUAUCUCAGCUGAAGAACUGUCUAUUUUACAUGGGGAAGAACCUGAUCAUUGGACCUGGAAAUCUGUAGCAGAAUCAAGGUUUGAUCACUCGUUUCCCUCUAAUUCUUAUAAAUAA